AUGGAAACAGGAAAGAAUGAAAAAGGAAACAUAAAACAGGAUUUCCAGGCCAACUAUGGCACUGUGUCUGGGGAGUAUGCUAAAACUAAGUCAAAAUCUCCCGGGGUAACUCCCGAAGAGAGCGCAAAUUGGCUGUCAAAGCUAACUUUUUCUUGGUUUACUGAGAUUAUGGACAAGGCUUAUAGCUCAAAUCUAGAAUACAAUGAUUUUUUUGACCUUCCAGACUACGAUACUCCAGAAUUUAAACUUUCGGAUUUCAACAAGUACUGGGAAAGAGAGCUUAAUAAGUGUAAGAUUUUACCCAAAAAUGAAAAAGAGAAACACCAAAAUGACUUGGAAUCCGCAAGAUUAGUUGAGUCUGUUGAAGGUAAUCAUGUUAAGAAUGGUUCUGGUAAAAAACCUUCUUUAAUUUAUGUCCUAAUUAUGACAUUUAAGUGGGAAUUACUUGUCAUUUUCUCCUUAGUAGUCCUGGCAGACACAUGUUUGCUUGCUCAGUCAAUAGUUUUAAGAAAACUCCUAUUGUGUAUGCAAAAUCCUAAUCAAAACUUCGUUGAAGGCAACUCCUCACUCACAUAUUUGUUUAAAACCUUGGGAUUAGAAACUGGAGAUGUUAAUCUUGAAAUACUCCAGAGAGGGAUGUACCUGGUUAUCCUAAUGACUGUUUUAACUAUAUUAUUUCCAAUGUUGAAGCAACAAGAGUACCGUUUAGUGACUAAUUUAGGGAGAUAUUCCAAGUCCCUUGUUUCAGGAGUUUUGUACAGGAAGCUUUUAAUGAUGGAUUCUUUUGAAUUUAAUAUGCCGUCCCAAAACAAAAAGCAGUCUGGUAAUUCUUUAAAUUCUAGAAACAAGAAUAUUCAAAGCUCUGAGAAUCCUGGGACAGCCCAUAACUUCAUCAACUUAAUGGGAAAUGAUGUGUUUAAACUUAGCAGACUCAUAUCUGCUCACUUAUUCUAUUCUGCUACCUUUCUGUUGGUUGCUCUUACAUUCUGUCUUUACUCACAACUUGGAGUCUCAGCUCUGUUUGGGAUUUCUGUUGUUAUUGCUAAUAUGCUUAUUAGUGUCAUAGCUCUACACUUUAGAGCUCUUGAAAGGAAGCCAUACCUUGUAUUCCAAGAUCAAAGAAUAAGAUUUACUAGUGAAUGUUUGUCUUACAUGAAGAUUAUCAAGUCCUAUGCCUGGGAAGAGUGCUUUACAGAAAGAAUCACCAAUUGCAGAAAUGAUGAAAUUAAGAGUCUUCUUAAACAAGGAAAAUACAGAGCUUUGUCUAUGGGAAUCUACAGUACCACUAUGCAGGCCACAUUGGUUACUUCCUUAGUAUAUGUUUUGAUGGGAAACAAACUUGACCCAGCUACAGUAUUUUUUGCUGAAGGUUUAUUUGAAACUUUAAGCUCAGUAUUAUCUUGUUUUCCUUUUUCUUACUCUUCAUUCCAUGAUAUUAUCAUGGCAUCUAAUAGAAUUAGAGAUUUUCUCGUCAUUUCAGAACAAAAAAGAGUAGACAAGGUCACAAAACCAAUUCAAGGUUUUCAAAGAUCUAAAAUCAUAGAGAUUCAAGAUGACGAAAUUCAGAGAUCUAUAAAUAAUAUGAAAGGAUAUGUUAAGUUUCAGAAUGUCAGGCUUCAUUGGCCAGAUGGUAACCUUAUGCUUAGGGAUGUAUCUUUUGAGGUCAAAUCUGGAGAGAUUGUUGCUAUCAUUGGUUCAAUUGGUAGUGGAAAGACUGGUUUAUUAUCAGCCAUUAUUGGAGAAAUCUCUCCAUCCAGUGGUCAAGUUAUUAAAAAGGGAAAGCUAGCUUAUGUAGCUCAAAUACCAUGGGUUCAAACAGGGUCAAUCCAAGAGAAUAUCCUUUUUGGGACUGAAAUGGAUCCAGAAUGGUAUGAUGCAGUUAUUAAAGCUUGUGCUCUUUGGAUGGAUUUUCAAAUUCUUCCAAAUGGAGAUCAAACAUUUAUUGGAGAGAAGGGAAUCAACUUAUCUGGUGGCCAGAGACAAAGAAUUAGUCUAGCUAGAGCAGUUUAUCAGAAAUCAGAUGUAUAUGUUUUGGAUGACUGUUUAAGUGCUGUAGACAGCCAUGUUGCAGCUCAUAUAUUUAAGAAUUGUAUAUGUGGACUUUUAGGUGAGAAAUGUGUGAUCCUUGUCACUCACAAAUUGGAUAUAAUUCCAAAUGUAAACCGAGUUAUCCUAUUUGAUGCAGAAAAGAAGAAACAAUUAUAUGUUGGUAACCCCUUGGGUCUCUCAAAACUACCAAGUUUCACCUUACAAAACAUUUCCUUUGAAUCUUUACAAUCUGCAGAAGAAGAAGGGUUUGAUACUGAGAUUGAAGGAUCAAAGCCAUUUUAUAGCCAGGUAUUUGGAAAUUUAGACAAACCUCAACCUAGAAAUUUACCUCUUAGAGGGUUUCCUUCUAGUUUGGCUACAGACUCUGAUAGAGAUAAUGAGAUUACCAAUACACAUAAUGUAUACAACAGACCCAUUACUACUCCUAAGGACUGUUCUCAAUUGGGACCAGAUGACUCAGAGACUGGCAAGAUUGUUGAUGACGUAGUUGCUGUGGAUCUUUUGGACGAGCUUGUCACAAAGGCUGAAAACUCUGUCCCAAGUACUCCCAAGAUAACAACAGAAGCCCCUUAUAAAGAGGUCAUUCUUUCAUCUAAAUCUGGAAGGGGUCACCAAAAGUCAAAGAGAAAGACUGGAAUUAAAGGAAAUAAUAGUGAAAAUACUUUAGAGAGUCAAAAACACUCUAAGAAGGAAUUGGCUACAUCCAAUGGACAGAUAAUAACUUUGGAUGACCACAACAAUGUUUCACCAUAUCUAAAGGCCAACAAAGUUGGUUUCAUUAAGGGCCGUACAGCAUCAAUUAGGACUAGUGGAGAAAAACUUAGAUUUCAUUAUAGAAGAGAAAGUGAUUCUCACUUUAGUGAAGGUUCUAUGGAUUUCCUACAGAGAAAUUCAAAUGAUAGAUUAGUAUCUGGUGGAGGAUUGUUCAAGACACAGAAGAGGAACAAUGUGGUACAAGAAGAAUCUAUUGAAUUGGGUAGUGUGUCCAAAAGAACUUAUUUUGAAUAUUUCUUGGAAUGGGGAAUACUCAAUAUGCUUGGAAUCCUAUUUUGUCAUGUUAUUUCGGGGUUCAUUUUUUCAAGGAAUAUGUUUUGGUUAGCAAACUGGACUGGAAGAAAUGAAAACUCUGAUCCUUCAACCAUAUCUAACUCAUCCUCAAUCUGGAAGGUUGAUGUGUUUAUAUACAUUAUCCUUAUUAUUUUCUAUAUUAUUUCCCAUAUUACUUCUACCUUAUUGGUAAGGAACGGAGGAAUUAAUGCAUCAAAAGCUUUUCACGAGAAGUUAUUAAACAGACUUAGAUACACUAAACUGAGUUUCUUCGAGUCUACUCCUAUAGGUCAGAUUUUGAACAGAUUUACAGGCGACCUUACUAACUUAGAUGAUUCUCUUCCUCGAAAUAUAGGUGAUCUUUUGGUUGCAACUGCCAAGGUUAUUGUCAUCACAAUUUCUAUAUCUAAGGUUGUCUCAAAGUUCUUGAUUUGUAUUCCGAUUUUGGCUUAUCUAUUCUUUCAGGUAUCCAAAAAAUAUGCUCCUAUGCUUAGACAAAGCGAAAGAUUUGCAGCUAUAUUUGCUGCUCCCAUUCUGUCUCAUACAGUAGAUACUAUUGAUGGUUUAACAACUAUCAGAGCUUUUAAUGCUCAGGAAAGAUUCAUCAAAAAAAUGGAUGAUGCGAUUAGGGUAGAAGCUCGAAUCAGGUACCACGCUGGAACAGCUUAUAGGUGGUUGUUUGUUAGGCUUGAAAUUAUGGGAUGUAUUGCAGUCUUUACAGCUGGGACUUUAGGAGUUAUUUCUGUUGCUUAUGAUCCAACUACUGCUGGGAUGUUUGGAGCUGCUAUGACUUUUGCUCUAUCAGUUUCUAGUUGUCUCAACUUUGGAACUAGGGUUCUUGGAGAAAUUGAAGGAGUUAUGGUAGGUUUAGAGAGGAUCAGAGACUACACAGUAUCAACUCCUCUAGAAGCCAUGCCCAUUUUGGAUAAGUUUAGACCUCCUAAGAACUGGCCAAAUGAAGGUAGAAUUGAAUUUGAUAGCUUGGAACUACGUUAUAAGCCUGAAACACCACUUGUAUUAAAUGGUAUUAGUUGCAAUAUCCAACCAGGAGACAAAGUUGGAGUGGUUGGAAGAACUGGAGCUGGUAAGAGUAGUAUUUUCAUUUCUAUUCUUAGACUUGUAGAGGCAGAAAAAGGAUGUAUCAAGAUUGAUAAUAUAGAUAUAUCCUCUAUUGGUACUUUUGACCUUAGAAGCAGAAUUUCAAUCAUACCUCAGGACCCAAUUAUCUUUUCUGGGACUAUAAGAUUUAAUCUAGAUCCUUUACAACAAUAUACUGAUGAUCAGAUAUACCAAGCUUUAAAGAGUUCUCAUUUGGAUUCUUAUGUCUCAAAUCUUUCUUUAGGUCUAUAUACAGUACUUGAUUCAGGAGGACAAAUUUUGAGUGCAGGCCAAAAACAGCUUCUUUGUCUUGCUAGAGCAUUAUUGAGACAAAGCAAAGUAGUUUUAUUGGAUGAAGCAACAUCCUCUGUUGACUCUCAUACUGAUUCUCUUAUACAGAAGACAAUCCGAGCGGAGUUCCAUAACUCUACUAUAUUGGCAGUUGCACAUAGAGUUCAGACUGUAAUUGAUUACGACAAGAUCAUGGUUUUGGACUCUGGGAAGAUUGUUGAAUUUGACCAUCCCAAUUUAUUGCUCUCUAAUCCCAACAGUAUAUUUUACUCUCUAGUUCAUGGUGACCACUAA